AUGGCUGCGGAGGAGAGCCUCUCUAUCUAUUGCAAGCCUGUUGAAUUUUACAACAUUCUUCAACGCCGCGCUAUAAGAAAUCCUUCUUUUCUCCAAAGAUGUUUGAGCUACAAAAUAGAGGCCAAGCACAAAAGGAGAAUACAAAUGACAGUUUCCAUUUCGAGGAAUGAGAAGGAAGGUGUACAAACCCAGAAUCUCUUUCCUUUGUACGUGUUUUUGGCCAGAUUAGUUCCUGAUGUUGCAGUUCCAGAGUAUUCUGCUACAUAUCGAUUCAGUCGAGCUUGCAUGUUAAGCAAUUCCACUGGGGUUGAUGGGAGCAGUCAACUUCAAGCUAAUUUUAUUCUGCCUGACAUUAAUAAGCUAGCAUUGGAGGCUAAAUCUGGCUCACUUGCCAUCUUGUUUGUCAGCUUUGUGGGAGCACAGAAUCCAUUUCGUGGAAUCAAUUUAUCCAAGGGUCCUGUGGAUAUGGCUUCUUUUCCCUCAAAUGCUGGAGGAUAUUGUCUGUGGAGCCAGAUACCAUUGGAAUCACUGUAUAUCUCUUGGGAAAAUUCUCCUAAUUUUGGUUUAGGACAGAGAGCUGAGAUGAUCUCAACUAUUGACAUGCACUCUUGCUUCUUGAAGUUGAGCUGUUUAAAUGAGGAUAAAUGCCUUAUGAUUGCAACUCCCUAUAAUCCAGAAACUGUUAUCCUUUCCCAGCAACUCCAGGUCACCAUUUCUGCAGAGGAGUUUGGUGCUAGGGAAAAAUCUCUUUAUAAUACAUACACACGUAGUGACAUUCCUUCUACAUUGUUAUCCCAUAUCAUUCGGUUAAGGGCAGGAAAUGUGAUUUUUAAUUAUAGAUACUACAACAAUACAUUGCAAAGGACAGAAGUGACUGAAGAUUUUUCCUGUCCAUUUUGCUUGGUUAGGUGUGCAAGCUUUAAGGGUCUGAGACAUCAUUUGUGCUCAUCACAUGAUCUCUUCAACUUUGAAUUUUGGGUAACUGAAGAGUAUCAAGCUGUAAAUGUCUCUGUGAAAAUUGAUAAUUGGAGAUCUGAGAUUGUUGCUGACGGUGUUGAUCCUAAGCUACAAGUAUUCUUUUCUUGUUCAAAGCCACUUAGACGCAGAAGACCCAAGAACCUAUAUCAAAGUUUAAAGCACGUACAUCCUCAUGUCUUACAGUCUGACUUACCCGCAGGACUCUGUGAUCUUUCAGACAAGGCUGAUGAUGCUCAUUCUAGUAAAGGUGAUAAGGCUAGAAUAACAGGGGUGUCAAGUUCCAUACCACAAUCAUGUGCUGAUCCUGGUUGUGUUCAAUCAAUAUCUGGAAACAAUUUUGCACCUCCUGCAAUGCUGCUGUUCGCAAAGACAAGAAAGUUAUCUGUUGAGCGUUCAGACCCUAGAAACUGUGCACUCCUUCGGAAGAGACAGUUCUUUCACUCACAUAGAGCCCAGCCAAUGACAUUGGAACAAGUUUUGUCAGAUCAGGAUAGUGAGGAUGAGGUUGAUGAUGACGUUGCUGAUUUUGAGGAUCGAAGGAUGCUUGAUGAUUUCGUUGAUGUGACUAAAGAUGAGAAGCAAAUGAUGCAUAUGUGGAACUCUUUUGUGAGGAAGCAACAGGUGCUGGCAGAUGGUCAUAUUCCUUGGUCGUGCGAGGCAUUUUCGAGAUUGCACGGACAUGACCUUGUCAGAGCUCCGGCCCUGAUAUGGUGUUGGAGAUUAUUCAUGAUCAAAUUGUGGAAUCAUGGUCUUCUUGAUGCACGCAGCAUGAACAACUGUAACAUCAUUCUUGAACAGUGUCAAGGCCAGGCUUCAGAUCCGAAAAGUUAA